AUGCGAAGAGGACUGUUACUUUUGAGAAGCAAUGCGUUUCGCAGAUUGCUGCGCAUAUCCGUCUUUUUCUUAUUCUUUGGAGCUGCCAUAUUGAUGAUGGCGAAGACCUUUCUAGGAACAAUUUUUCAAGGGUUUAGUGGAUCGCGUCACGAAGAAGAAUUAAGUUUCUUUAAUUUUAACAACGAAACUGGAGCCGACCACGUUAUCGUGCCCAAUAUUGUUCAUCUUAUUCGUUUCAACAAAACGGAAUUCUCUUUUAUCGAUUAUAUUUGCACACAGGCGGCUUUUCGUAACCACCGACCUGACUAUGUUUACAUCCAUACUGACUCACCAGGUGGUAAAUUUAUAGGUAAAUAUUGGGAACUGAUUGAACGUGAUCUCGAGUUAAGCUCUCGCAUCCAUAUUUUGCCACUGGAACCACCGUCAGAAAUUUUUGGGCAAGAACUCAAUCCCGAUUGGAGAUUAUAUCACGGUGGCGAUAUCGCCCGUAUACGCACCAUGAUGAAGUACGGUGGCAUUUACCUGGAUAACGAUGUUUACGUUAUUCGAAAUCUAGACAAGUAUCGCAAAUUCGAAAUGGCCAUCAAUUGGGAUGAGGGUCAAUUUCUUGGUACUCAGGUCCUUAUUGCCAAUCGGAAAGCUCGUUUUCUUCCAUUGUGGCUUAACUCCUAUCGGGAAUAUCAUCCGGAUCUAUGGUAUUACAACGCUGGAGAACGACCAACGGUAGAAAUUUUAUACAAGCAUCCGGAAUUGGUCCAUCGUGUCAAAAUGCAAUUUGGAGCUGAUUACGAUCUAUCGUAUAAUCUUUAUACUUACAAAGAAUUCGAUUGGCGUACGUUAGAUACCGUUCAUCUUAUGAUAAAUCAUCGUUAUUACAUGGAUCCUCGUUACAACGAAACACCGUUUUUUGACGAAAAUAUUGUAAAAAAUUAUGCCUACCCAUUUGGUGAAAUGGCUCGUGAGAUGAUAGCAGCUUCUGGAAUGGAAAAUUUGAUUGGCAAAAACAUUUAA